CUCCCCUGCACGCUGCACGGCCCCGCCCCUGCCCCCUCCGCUCCCGCAACGGGUGGCCUCCGUUCCGACCCGGCGACGCCCCACCUCCUCCCUCUCCGGCGCUCGCCUCCCGCUCCUGCCCCCUUCGCCGUCCCCGCCUCGCUCCCAAACCCGAAUUCGAGCCCCAGUCUCCGCCCCGCCCGGCAUGGAACCGGACGACGACGCGGCCGCGGCGGGGGCGCAGCGGAAGGGCGCCGGCUCGUACGGCCAGUCGCUCCCGCGCGCCACGGAGUCCGCGCCCGCGUGCGCCCUCCGCGUCGCGCCGCGCGUGCACAGCUUCGGCGACGGGCCCGCCGCCUCCCCGGCCCCGGCGCAGCGUCACGACCCCGCGCGCUGCGCGACGUUCCCCCAGCGCCACGGCGAGCCGGCGCACGCCCCGGCGACCUGGGUCGGCGGCGGGCUGGAGCCGGCCUUGUCCGACUACGGCGGCGGCGCGGGCGUCGGCGGGGCGGCGCUGCCGGAGUUCGUCGGCGCGGGCGGGGGCGAGGGCAUCUUCCGCGUGCCGCUCCGCGCCGCGGUGCACCCGGGCCGCCCGCCGCCGCUCGAGGUGCGGCCCCACCCGCUGCGGGAGACGCAGGUGGGCGCGUUCCUGCGGACGCUCGCGUGCGACCCGCGGCGGCGCCAGCUGUGGGCGGGCGCCGAGUGCGGGGUCCGGGUGUGGGGCCUCGACGAGGUGUUCGACGGCUGGCCCGGCGACGCCGCGCGGCGCCGCGGGGACGAGGGGAGCGCGCCGUUCAGGGAGUCCGUGCCGGCGCCGCCCGCGCUCUGCGCCGCGGUGGACGGUGCCAACCGGCUCGUGUGGACGGGGCACAGGGACGGCAGGAUCAGGGCGUGGCGCAUGGACCUCGCCACGGCCGCUGGAGUCGGCGGCGAUGCGCCUUUGUUCAAGGAGGCCCUCGCGUGGCAGGCCUUCAGCCGCUUGCCCGUGCUCGCCAUCGUCGUCACGUCGUACGGUGAAAUAUGGUCAGGAUCUGAAGGGGGUAUCAUGAAGGCAUGGCCUUGGGACGCUAUUGCUAAGUCCCUCUCUCUGACAUUAGAAGGAAAAGAUAUGGCUUCCUUGCUGGUUGAAAAAGCUUAUAUCGACCUUAGGAACAACGCUACAGUCGGUAACAUGUGCUCGUUGCCUGCUGCUGAUGUGAAACACAUGCUUGCGGAUCAUUGCCGAGCGAAAAUUUGGAGUAUAACAAGCAUGACAUUUGCUCUUUGGGAUGCUAGGACUAGGGAGCUUUUAAAAGUAUUUGGCAUCGAUGGCCAAGUCGACCUAGCUCGGCUAGAAGCUCCAGUGAUGCCAGAACAAUUCAUAGAGGAAGAGAUCAAAGUAAAACCCACAAAGAAGGAGAAACCACAAGGUUCUUUCACAUUUUUCCAGAAAUCUAGGAAUGCCCUGAUGGGGGCGGCCGAUGCUGUACGCAGAGUUGCAACAAAAGGGACAUUUGUGGAAGAUAACCGGCGAAUAGAAGCUGUGGCUCAAGCAAUGGAUGGGACAAUUUGGUCAGGUUGCACAAAUGGAUCUAUUAUUGUGUGGGAUGGAAACGGGAAUAAACUGCAAGACAUCCAUUAUCAUAGUUCUUCUGUUCAAUGCAUAAGGACACUUGGAGAAAGGGUGUGGGUGGGUUAUGCCAGUGGCACUAUUCAAGUCAUGGAUGUUGAAGGUAACCUUCUGGCAGGAUGGACUGGACAUAGCUGCCCAGUCAUAAAUAUGGCAAUUGGUGGUUCUUACAUCUUUACUCUGGCACAUCAUGGUGGUAUUCGAGGAUGGCCUCUAACUUCCCCAAGCCCUCUUGACGAUAUUCUACGGACUGAAUUGGCUAACAGGGAGCUGUCAUAUACAAUGAUAGAGAACAUUAAAAUACUGGUUGGAACUUGGAAUGUGGCGCAGGAGAAAGCUUCUUUUGAAUCACUUCGGUCAUGGUUGGGUAGUGCUUUGUCUGAUGUUGGGUUAGUGGUUGUUGGCUUGCAAGAGGUCGAGAUGGGUGCUGGAGUUCUUGCCAUGGCUGCAGCCAAAGAAAGUGUAGGGCUUGAGGGCAGUGCCAAUGGACAGUGGUGGAUAGACAAUAUUGGCAAGACACUUGAUGAGGGGAUAUCCUUCCACCGAGUUGGUUCGAGGCAGCUGGCAGGAUUACUUAUUGCUGCAUGGGCAAGGAAUGACCUUAAGCCACAUGUUGGUGAUGUUGAUGCUGCUGCAGUGCCAUGUGGCUUUGGACGAGCUAUUGGCAACAAGGGUGGUGUGGGAUUAAGAAUAAGAGUCUAUGAUCGCAGGAUAUGUUUCGUGAGUAAUCAUUUUGCUGCACAUCAAGAAAAUGUUAGCCGUCGUAAUGCUGACUUCGACCACGUUUAUCGGACAAUGUCUUUUAACAAACCUCAUGGCUCUACAGCUUCUGCGACAUCAGUUCAGUUGCAUAAAGCAGCAAGUGCAAACGGAAAUCAAGCUGAUGAAGAUAUACCUGAGCUGGCAGAAGCUGACAUGGUUGUCUUUCUUGGUGAUUUCAACUACCGACUUGAUGGCAUCACUUAUGAUGAAGCAAGGGAUAUGGUCUCUCAGAGGAGCUUUGACUGGCUUAGAGAAAGGGAUCAACUUCGAGCAGAAAUGAAGGCGGGAAAUGUGUUCCAAGGAAUGCGUGAAGGUCCUAUCAGAUUUCCUCCAACUUACAAGUUCCAAAGAAACCAACCGGGUCUCUCAGGUUAUGAUUCAGGCGAGAAGAAGAGAAUACCUGCUUGGUGUGAUAGGAUACUGUAUCGAGAUAGUCGUCCUGUAUCAAUAGCUGAAUGCUCAUUAGACUGUCCUGUUGUUGCUGCAGUUACAGCGUACGAAGCUUGCAUGGAUGUCACAGAUAGUGAUCAUAAGCCAGUGCGGUGUACAUUUAGCGUUGAUAUUGCAAGAGUAGAUGAGCUGGUAAGAAGACAAGAGUUUGGAAAAAUAAUCGAAUCCAAUGAUGAAAAAGUGUGCUCUUUGCUUCGGAAGUCACAUAUUGUUCCAGAUACUAUCGUCAGCACAAACAACAUUAUAUUGGAAAAUCAAGAAGAUGUUAUCCUUAGAAUAAGUAAUAAUUGUGAAACAAGUAAGGCUGCUUUUGAAAUCCUUUGUGAAGGCCAAUCAAUCACAAAGCACGAUGGAACUAAAUCUGAGCUUCCUCCAAGGGCUUCCUUUGGCUUUCCACUUUGGCUCGAGGUUCAACCGUCAGUCGGUCUCAUUGAACCAGGGGAAACGAUGGAAGUUGCAGUCCAUCACGAAGACUUCUUCACAAAAGAAAAAUGUUUUGACGGUGUACAGCAAAACUGGUGGUGCGAAGCCACUAGAGAUAUGGGAGCUGUUCUUUUGGUUAAUGUCACAGGCAGCGCCUCGACUGAGACCAUCACACACAGGAUCAAUGUCCGGCAUUGUUGUCCAGUGCCCUCAGCUACCCCACCUGUUACAAACGCACCCAGUGAUGCUGUGUCAGGUUCCAAGAAUAACCAAUCGAAUCACUUACAACGUUCUGACUUUGCAAAUUUUGGCAGCUCAGAGGUGCAUGACUUGUGCGAUGUGCCAAAACGGAACAUGUAAAAUUGAGUCCAGUUUCUUUCUUUUGAUGCUGUAGUUCUUCUGUCCAAGUGUUUAGCCCGGUGGAGCUCAGAUUUUUCUUGCCUAAGUUGGGGCAGAAAUGGCUCUGCUUGUCAUCCUGUUGUGUACAUAUGCCCUCCUGAUCUCUCACCAUUCUUUGUGUAGCAAAAAAAAAGGGACAAAAAAAGAAAGAAGAUAUGCUUAGUUUUUUUUUUGAAGAAAGAAGAGAUGCAUAGUUACUAGCAAAUAGCAAUUACCUGUAGUUAAGUUUGGGUUUCCGUUUUUAUUUUGAAGUAGUACAUGUGGAAUUGAAAUAGCAAAUUAUGUUGUUAGAGAGUGAGUAUAAUUGUAAAAAGGAAAUUUGAGCUCUGAUUGGUCAAUAGUCUGUAUACAUACUUACUGCAUCACCGUAGCGUGGUUUCUACACUUUUUCAGAACA